AUGCACCCAGAGUUCACACCAGUUUCGUUCCUCGCAGCUCUGUCGCUGCUUCUCCCUCUGCCAUCGCAAUGGCGAGCACGAAAUGUUGCAACCCUCUCUAUCAUUGCCUGGCUUUUCGUUCUCAAUUUCGUGUAUGGCGUCGAUGCCAUUAUUUGGAGCAACAACGUGAACAUCGUCGUCCCAGGAUCUACGUUUGCCCUUCCCGCUGCCUGCCUUUGCAUUUGCAUUCAUAUCGAGCACGUCGCAUCGCUUUUCGAACUGUUCAUGUGUUUCGGACUGCAGAUGGUCUCCAUGGGACUUCACUACAUCGUGCAAGGCCAUAGGUUCGACAUCAUCGAGGGGUAUGGUUGUCGCCCAGCGACAUAUGUCUCAAUCCCCGCUAUCUUUCUCAUCUGGUUGCCUCCGCUCGUGCUAUCCGUGAUUUCUCUUGGGCGCUUCUUUCGUCCAUUUCACUGCGACGUCGGUCUAAAUUCGCACGUCACCUCGAAACAGUCUCGGAAUGGCCUGACGACUUUUCGUUACUUCCGUCUGAUGCUCAUGGCGAUCGUAGAAAUGAUCUGGAACAUCAUGGUCGCGUCCUACAUCCUUUGGUUCGUCGCAAAGGACGUGCGCCCGUGGACGAACUGGGAUGACGUGCAUUGGGACUUCUCGCGCAUAGACUUAUAUCCCGCUGCCUUCAUGCCAAAGAUCGCACUCACCAACUAUUACCUCGUCUGGUGGGUCGUUCCGGCCUCCACCUUAAUUUUCGUAGCGUUCUUUGCUUUCGGCAAAGACGCCGUGAAUGAAUACACGGCAUGCAUGAUGUGGAUGCGCCGAAAUGUCCUGAAGCGAACGAACGAACGAACCGCUCCAAGCUCUGUUCCACUCACGGAGUACGUCAUAUGCUCUCAACAUUGA